AUGUUGCCUGAUCAACUUUUAGGGAAUUUAGAAGCUAAAAUUUCAUAUGAAAUAAACGAUAAUCCUCAUCAAUCCAUAAAGGCAAAGCAUAGUAGAUUGAAUUACACUUCAUUGAUUAGACCAUUUUUAGAAAGAAAACGUUGGAGAUAUAUAUCUUGUUUAAUAGUGGCAGUGAUUGUUUUAGCUUUAUUUCAAGGCCUUUUAACGUUUUCGGAUUUCUUACUGUCUUCAAGAAAUAAUCAUCUCCAAAUAGAAAAACAAAAUUACCAACCAGUAAAAUACAUUGGAAUACCUUCUAACGCAACAACGGAAUUAAAUAAAGCUACAAAGAUUUUUCAUGUUACAAAAGAGUUUGGAUUAGCAUCAAUGAGCGGGUUAGGUCAUGUAGUUACAGGAUUAGCAAAGGCUCAAUCUGCCAAUAGUAGAUUGGAUGUGAAUGUGAUAAUGCCUUUCUAUUCUUUUAUGAAGCCACACUAUCCAUUUCGCAAAUUUGCUCAAAUGUCAAUUGACAUUCGUAAUAAACAUGGUAAUUGGCAUCAGGUGAUUUUCAUGGUACACAGAUUUUUUUGGAAUAUAACUGAUGAUGAUGCAUUGAGUGAUGACCAAUCACAUACAUCACCACCUGGAUCAUCAUCAAGAGCUGUAACCGUUUUUGCAAUUGGCCCUGGUAAAAAAAUGAAACCUUUUAAUUUUGCUUUUAAAUCUGGUGGAGUAACUGAUAUAUAUUCAACACCAUCUGAAUUACCUCAAGAAUGGAGUGAUUUAUAUUUUUGUAAAGGUGUAGCUGAAUUAAUAGCUUAUAUGAAUAAUGACAUUGACACUCCUUUAUUUGCAAUUGAAGAAGAACGGGGUAUUGAUAUUGUGCAUAUUCAUGGUGCUACAAAUGCAUUGGUAAUAGAAUUUUUUAAUGAUUUAAUUAAAGUAGAUAAUAGAUUUAGCAAACCACCACCUGCUAUUGUUUACACUUUGCAUGAUUAUUUGGAGGAACAAUUAUAUUCAAACGAGAUUAUAAAUAUUUUAAAGUUUAUGGAUUUGAAAAAUUAUACAGCCGAAAAACCAACUUAUUUUCAUGGACAAAGAAUGUAUACAUCAUCAUUAGCAAUCGAUCAAGCAGAUUAUGUCACAUUUGUCUCAUAUACUAUGGCAAAAGAAAUGGUGGAAGGGCCAAUGGAUUUCUAUCUUAAAGAAUUGAUUAUGCCUAGCAUAUUGGAACGUGCCAGAACAGGAAAUUGGAUUGGUAUAACUAAUGGUAUUGAUAUAAUAACUUUAAAUCCAUUUAAUGACACAUUAUUAAUUGAAGCCAAUUCGAACUUUCCAAGAAACAUUAAUUCAUUCAACCCGAAUGUUCUUAUUCCUAGUAAUUUUGAGCACUACUAUAAUGAUCUGGUGACUUCUUCAAAAAUUAAUGCUAAAAGACAUUUGGUUAAAGAAGGUCUCCUUAAAGAAAAAGACCUGGACCGUGUGAUCGUAUUGUUUGUUGGCAGAUUCCAAUACAAUAAAGGUGUUCGAUAUUUCCAUGAAGCUGCUCAAAUCAUUUCACAAUUAGAUGCCAAAUUUAUAAUAAUGGGACAACCUAAUAGUUUUCCAGUGGAAAAGAUUGUUAGCAUAAGUAAAGAGUAUCCAGAUGAUGUUGUAGUUAUUAGUGAACUUGAAUUUCAAAAUAAUUGGGAUGUUUUGUAUAGAGCUGCUGCUGAUAUAUUAUUUGUACCUAGCAUAACAGAAAGUUUUGGAUUAGUGGCAGCAGAAGGAUUAUUGUUUGGAACUCCUGUAGUUAGUACAGGUGUUGGUGGAUUAAAAGAAUUUUUGAGAAAUAAAACAGACACUAUACUGCCAACAUCUUCAUCUUCUUCAUCCUCGCCACCACAAAAACCAUCAAAACAACCAUCACCGUCAAAUGACCUAAAGUUCAAUUAUAAUUCAUAUUUAUUCAAUUUGUAUGAAGGUGAUUGGUUUGAUUUUUCAGUUGAGGAAAUGAGAUUAGCAUUAAGUACAGCAAUCAAUGAUAUAAAGGAAUUGUCAAAUGAUAUUAGAAGUAAAGAAAUAUUUUUGAGAAAACUGAUUAAAGACGCUUUAAAUUUAGGUUGGAAUAGACAUGAUGGACCUGUUGAUCAAUACACAAAAAUUUACAAGAUGGCAAUUGAAAAACAUAAUUAUGAUUUAACAACAACCAUGAAGACUCAAGAUUUGAAUAAAUAUUUGUCUGAAUACAUGAAAGGACUAACCAUCAAAAGAAAAAUAGCAGCAUAUAAUAAAGCAAACAGACAGGUUGCUAUUUUAUGUAACCAUCAACAUUCUGUCAGAAAAGAUCAUGAUAAUAAAAUCAAUAGAAUCAAUGAUAGGGUUCAUGCUUUGAAAUACCAAAGAAAUAGAUGUAAAAUGGAAUUGUUGAAUCUUGAGCCCAGAUUAAAAGAGAAAGAGCCUCAACUAUUUGAACCAGAAUCAGACAUGGAAGAGGAAUGGAUAAUUGAGCAUGAGAAGCAAUUGAUGGAAAGGGAACGUUUGGCAGUUGUAAAAAAAUUUGAAAGAGAUAAUGAAAAGCUUACAAGAGAAGGAAAGUCACCUAAACCCAAUGAGAAUCUUAAACAAUUAUUAAAAAACAUUGAUGAAAAAGAGAAGGUGUUGAAGAAUGAACGAAAAUCUGGAAAGGUCAAUCCGAGAAAAGGACAAACAAUUGAAAAACUCCGGAUCCAAAUAGAGCAAUUGACAGAAUGUAUUAAAACCACCAAGUUAUCAAAACAAGAUAAAGAGGACAACAAGACAAUUGCAUUAGGCACAUCAAAAAUCCAUUACAUAGACCCACGGAUCUCUGUUGCAUGGUGCAAAAAAUAUGAUGUGCCGAUCACUAAAAUUUUCAACAAGACCCUCUGUGAAAAGUUCUGGUGGGCAUUGGAUGUAGAUGCGGAUUGGGAAUUUUAA